AUGGGAAGACGACACUUCCAUGCACAAAACUAUCGACGUCUAAAAGCAGAGUGCAUUCGAAAGAAACAGCUUUUUGUGGAUGUCCAGUUCCCACCUACUAAUGAUUCCCUGUUUGUGGGACCAGUUAAUCCAGAAAUCGAUGAUAUCCUAUGGAAACGACCAGGUGAGAUUGUUGACAAUCCACAGUUAUUUGUGGAGGGUGCCACGGCGAAUGAUGUAGCUCAAGGUGUACUCGGUAACUGCUGGUUCGUAUCUGCCUGUUCAGCGCUUACACACAACCAAGCAUUGCUCAAAAAAGUGAUACCGGAUGCUACCGGACAAGAGUGGACGGAUAGUAACUAUUACUGUGGUAUAUUCCGCUUUUGUUUUUGGCGUUUCAAUCAGUGGAUUGAAGUAGUUAUUGAUGAUUUAUUGCCAACUCGAGAUGGAAAGCUACUAUUUGCACGGUCAAAAUCAUCCAAUGAAUUCUGGAGUGCAUUGCUCGAAAAGGCUUUCGCCAAAUUAUACGGUUGUUACGAAAAUUUGGUUGGCGGUCAGUUAGCUGAUGCACUGGAAGACAUUUCAAGUGGUAUAGCGGAAACAAUCAAAGUCAAAAAACAGUUACUAAACGACCCGACUGAUUCCUCCGGAAAACUGUUUUGUGCAAUCAAAGAAGCUUUUGAUCAACAGGCACUCAUCGUCGCUGCAAUUGCUGCUAGGAAUAAAGAAGAGGUUGAAGAAGUCUUGGGAUGUGGUCUAGUAAAAGGUCAUGCAUAUGCAGUCACCGCAGUACGUUACAUCGAACUCAGUACUAGAAAUCGUUCAUUCUUACUUUUCACAACAAUGGAACGUCAGAUGAUGAUACGUUUGCAGAAUCCAUGGGGAGAGAAGGAGUGGAAUGGACCUUGGUCAGAUGGGUCACAAGAAUGGGAACAGGUAACAGAUGCACAUAAAAAGGAGCUCGGUAUUAUCGUUGAAGAGGAUGGCGAGUUUUGGAUGCCGUGGAAUGAGUUCAUCCGUUAUUUCACUGACAUCAGCGUAUGUCAGCUUUUCAACACUUCCUUGUUCAACUUGGGCUCUAAGUUUUACGAAUGGAAAUUUUUGGGUGAAUGGAAGUCAAAUGGAGAGAAACAAGGCGCAUUAAAUGAUCGAGCAGGUGGAUGUAUCAAUUUCAUGGCAACCUUUUGUUGCAAUCCACAGUACCGUUUUGAUAUCGAUGUUGAUAAUUCUGAAGUGCGAUUCGCAUUAACGCAAAAAGUAAAGGAUGAAGGUGAAAAGAACCGUGAACCCCUGGUGACUAUUGGAAUGCAUUUGAUGAGAGUAGAAAAUAAUCGGAUAUACAGGAUACAUCAGGCAAUAAAUCCGGAAGUAACAUCAGAUUAUAACUACGGUCGUUCAGUGUAUUUACACUGCCAGAAUUUACAACAGGGCCGGUACAUCCUAUUCCCGACAACAUUUGCACCUCGCGAAUAUGCUGAAUUUUUGCUUCGAAUUUAUUCGGAACGAAAUAUUGCUCCCCGACUACUCAAGAAAGAUACACCCAGUCGAGGAUUAUGUUCUUGUAAAAAAAUGAAUUCUAUUGUUCGAAUUACUGUUGUUGGUGCAAAAUUGAAUAACAAAAACGAAGCAAUACGUACAUAUGUUGUUAUCAACUGUGAUAAAGAAGAGGUACGAACCAGAACGGUUGAAGGUACCAAAGUCUUCUGGAACCAGUGCUUCAUUUUUUAUGGGAGAGAUAUGACUCAUAACUUUUUGAUAGCAUUAAUGGAAGAGCGAUCAAUUCGUGACCGAACUUUGGGUGCAGUGCAUGUUGUGGAAAGCGUUGAUAAUGAUACGCGGUCCAUGGAAUAUGAUAUAAUUGCUGAAAACCAUCCAGUCGGUACUCUAAGUGUCACCAUGCAAUCGUAUGACGAUCCAAUGUAUUUGUGA